AAUUCCAAAUGUCUUCCGGUGAGAAAACUAUGCGAUGGAAAGGUUGAUUGCGUGGACAGUAGUGAUGAGGGUGAUGAUUGUAAACUGUGUGUUAAAUAUCUUUCUAAAAUAUCGCCCGAAGUGAUAUGUGAUGGUAAUUUGAAUUGCCAAGAUAGAAGCGAUGAAUCAUGGCCUCUCUGCCAGCACAAAUACGAUUGCUCAUCAAACGCGUUUUUCAAUUGUUCGAGAACGCUUGCAUUCCAAAUAAUUUAGUCUGUGAUAACAAGACUGAUUGCAAUUUAGGAGAAGACGAAGAAAAAUGUUAUGGUUUAGAAAUUCUCAAUCCUCCAUUUUCUAAAAAUAUUGGAUUGUUGUCACAAACUAUACUCGGUGAAGUGGUACCUGUCUGUAUGAAAAACAGGCCAACAAGAACAUUUGUCGAUGGUCUUUGUAAAAAAAAAAAAAUGGUUUCAAUAAUGCAAUCCGUCAUAACGUAAUUUUAAAAGAUAACAUUAUGAUUGUUCAAGAUGUUUUUUCAGAAGUGAAAGUAAAUAAGUUCAGUAGGUUUAUCGUACGAGCCAAUAGGCCAUUUACUAAGACUAUCGUAAAUGGGACAUGCCCCG